UAAAAGGAGCCCGAAAAGGCAGGGGAAGGCGGGCCCGUUGAGUCGUCCCGUUGGGGUAUUUCUAGUCGACGAGGGCGAGGGAAGUGCAAAAUAACUCUUCCUAUCAAAGUUCGAGUAACACUCAAACAACAAUGGAGCGUCUCCGCCCCAGAGGCAGACAGACGUUUUCUGGGUUCACCAAGGGCGAGAUUGAGAAAAUGGAGAAGUUGCUAGAGGAAUCAGGAGAACAAUCGCUUAAUCGGGAUUUUUGUCAAAAAGUUACCAAACGUUUCAAUCGGUCCUCAGGUCGUGCUGGGAAGCCCGUAAUAAAGUGGACGGAGGUAUAUGAUUGGUUACAAAGCAGACUGCAAGACCUCCCAAAAAUUGAAAAGAGGAUAUCUGAAAUUCCCAAAGCUUGCCCUUCAAAUAAGACUCAGGAAAGUUCUCAAGGUCCUGAAGAUGAAAAGAGCCCUGAUUUGUCAGAAUUGGAAUUUGAAGCAAGGUCAUCAAAAGAUGGUGCAUGGUAUGAUGUUGCCAUGUUCCUUACACAUAGAUUUCUUAGUUCUGGCGAAGCUGAAGUUCGUGUCAGAUUUGUCGGAUUUGGAGCUGAAGAAGAUGAAUGGGUCAACAUUAAACAGGCAGUACGAGAACGCUCUGUCCCUCUAGAACACACAGAGUGUCAGAAGGUGAAGACUGGAGACCUGGUACUCUGCUUCCAGGAGAGGAGAGAUCAGGCAAUCUACUACGAUGCUCAUAUUGUAGAAGUCCAGAGGAGAAUGCAUGAUAUUAGGGGCUGUAGGUGUCUUUUCUUGGUUCGUUAUGAUCAUGAUAACACUGAGGAAAAUGUUCGGUUGAGAAGAUUAUGUCGCAGACUGACACAUCAAAUCUAGUCUUUGGUCUUUGAUAUCAAUUCAUCAACCUCUCUCGGUGGUCAUUCCCCAUAUCUAAGCUGAAGACAUGAAUGGUUUGCCUCAGAAAGCACGCAAUAGCUAAAGCUAGUUUUGUAUGGUCGAGGAAAUGUUGUGUAAAAUUUCAUAAUAGAAUGUGGUUUCAUGUUUUCAUCUUAUUGUUUAUGUGUUCGAAGAAAAAACCUUGGGAACAAGAAUGGGACACCCACAUGUAAUUGUUGCAUAUUCUGUGUCUUUGCUAAUCGGGCAAUUACGAGUUCAAAGUUUAAUUAGCCUUCCA